AUGGAUCCGGAGGAGCGCAAAACCUUCGACACGUGGAGCAAAACACUGGCGAAUUUCACCGGCCUGGGCCUCACCGACGCAGAGAAGAAGGAGCGGGACAUGAAGAAGGCAUACGACAAGGACCUGAAGGACUGCCAGCAGUGCGAGAAAUGGCGCAAUGAGCUGCUGAAAACCAGCCCGAUCGUGCGCUUCAUGUCCGAGAGCCUGGACAAAUCAGGCUCGCACUUUGGCGUCGACUCAAUGCCCUGCAUGAAGUGCGACGAGAUGCGCAGCGGCGGAUUCUCGACAGACGGCGUGAUCCAGCUGUGCUACAACCGGCUGUUCAGCAAGGGCCAUCUGGAGACCACCAUGGCCCACGAGAUGGUGCAUGCAUACGACCAUGUCAAUUACAAGCUGGACUGGUACAAUCUGGAGCACCAUGCGUGCACCGAAAUCCGGGCCGCCAGUCUGAGUGGCGACUGCAGCUGGUUCCAGGAGAUGCUGCGGGGAAACGUGGGCUUUUUGAAACAGCACCAGACGUGCGUGAAGCGGAGAGCUGCGUUGUCUGUGAGGGCGAAUCCCAACUGCAAAUCAGACAAGCACGCCGAGGCUGCUGUAAACAAAGUCUUCACAAGCUGCUUUACAGACACACGUCCAUUCGACGAGAUCUACUGAAUAAAAUCGUUCGCAG